CUCAAGUGGCUCCACCGCCCGGCCAUUGCGCAAAGUGGAGCUUUGGCACCAUGCCGUUCUGCGCCAAAUCGGAGCUGCCCUCAGAUGGAGAGGAGUCCUGGCAACAAGAGAUGCAACUCUUACGGCGCACCGUGGAGGAUGGAUUCUCCAAGCAGCUGACCAUUUUGAACGACUUGAGGAUCCAAGGGAUCCACAGAGAGCCGCGGCUCCAGAGACCGACCUUUGCUCAUAGCAACACGGAGACCGAGGUCACCAUGCACCACUGGGAUGUCCCGCAGCAUUUAGAGGGGGACGUGCGGCCCUCCUUGUUCUCACAAAACGCCGUUUCGAUCAACCACUCCAUCUUCAAGUCUGACAUUGCCUCGGUUGAUGACAGCGCGGAGGUUCUCGAGCCAGAGGUGGCGAUGGCACCAGAUCUCAGCGUUGGAUGGAUGGCCACGCUGAGUCCAAACCCUGCCUCCGCCUUAGAAGUGCCACUGGAAGAAGAUGAAGGGAAUCAGGUUGAUGCGACCCAAUCCUCACAGCUGAAACGAUACUUCAAGAAGAAGCGCGACAGCUCGCGACACUCCUUCGUGCGCCGGGCUCUGGGAGCGCACCAGGAGCGGGCCAACAAGGAAGCCUCGCGCCUGGCAAAACUGCGAGCCAAGACAGACGCCAAAACCAAUCCGAAGAGCGCCUGGAGGAUGAAACUGGACGAGAUAACCUCGUCCAAUGCCUUCAGCAAUGCCAUCAUGCUGGUGAUCAUGGUGAAUGUCGUACUGUUGGGCGUGGAAGUGGAUGUCUCCACUCAGCUGGGCCAAAAUGAUGUGCCCAGGUGGUUCGGCACCGUCAACACGGUCAUCGUGGCGAUCUUUUGCGUGGAGAUCGUAGUGAAGUGUGUGGCCCAGGGGCUUGAGGAGUAUUGGUGUGGCACGGAGGCAGCGUGGAACAUCAUGGAUGCUGUGAUCAUUGUGGUGUCCCUGGUGGAGACGGGUAUCGACAUCUGGGCUCAGGCCAUGGCGUCGGACAAUGGCUCGGUCACCAGCAGCAGCCAAUUGCGUUUGGUGCGCAGCAUCCGUUUGGCCCGCGCGCUGCGCGGGGUGAGGGUGGUGCGGCUCUUCCGCUAUGUCAGUGCGUUAAGGUGGGAUAUGGUGGGAUAUGGUGGGAUGGUGGACAAAUACCUCGGCUGGGGAAUCUCCCGUAUGAUGGGCAUCUAUCUGUAUGGGAAAAUCAUCUAUGAAUUCUAA